AUGGCGUCCUCUGCCAUCGACCAUGGACGCAUCACCAACGGACCAGGCUCCUUAAUCCAUCACCGCCCCAAACAACUUGCCCACGUCGUUCUCCGCACGACGUCAGAGAACUAUGAGCCCAUGAUCCAAUUCUAUCUCGACCUCCUGGGGGCUUCCAUUGUGCGCAAAACCCCCGUUUUGUGUUUCCUCCGCUACGAUGAAGAACACCACCGAAUCGCCAUCAUCCAGACCCCCGAGACGCAGCCGAAACCCAAGGACGUCGGUCAUGCGGGCCUCGACCACAUUUCCUUCACCUAUCCCACGCUCACGGCUCUUGCACAGCAAUAUGCUUAUUUGAAAUCUCUGUCCAAGCCCGUCCUCCCCGUGUGGACAGUCAAUCACGGCCCUACCACGAGCAUGUACUAUCGCGAUCCGGACGGAAAUAAGAUCGAGUUGCAGGUCGACAAUUUCGACGACCCUGCAGAUGCGGAUGCAUUUAUGUCAGGGCCCAAGUAUGAUCAAAAUCCAAUGGGCACAGACUUCGUUGCCGAUGAGUGGGCAAAGGAUAUCCUUAGCAAGGCCCUGGCGAAUGGUGAAGAAGGGUUGACUGAGACGGAGAUCAGGGAGAAGAAGAUGCGAAAAGAAAUUGGCGAGCGUCAUUCGUUGCCUGAAGGGUUUUAA